CGCGCGACGGGCCCAGGUACGCGGACAAGAUGGCGGCAGCAGUGGUCGACAGCGCUAUGGAGGUGGUGCCGGCGCUGGCAGAGGAGGCCGCGCCGGAGGCGGCGGGCCUCAGCUGCCUCGUCAACCUGCCCGGCGAGGUGCUGGAGUACAUCCUGUGCAGCGGCUCGCUGACGGCCGCCGACAUCGGCCGCGUCUCCAGCACCUGCCGGCGGCUGCGCGAGCUGUGCCAGAGUAGCGGGAAGGUGUGGAAGGAGCAGUUCCGGGUGAGGUGGCCUUCCCUUAUGAAACACUACAGCCCCACCGACUACGUCAAUUGGUUGGAGGAGUAUAAAGUUCGGCAGAAAGCUGGGUUAGAAGCCCGGAAGAUUGUAGCCUCAUUCUCAAAGAGGUUCUUUUCAGAGCACGUCCCUUGUAACGGUUUUAGUGACAUUGAGAAUCUUGAGGGACCCGAGAUAUUUUUUGAGGAUGAAUUGGUGUGUAUCCUAAAUAUGGAAGGAAGAAAAGCUUUGACCUGGAAAUACUACGCUAAAAAAAUUCUCUACUACCUACGCCAACAGAAAAUUUUAAAUAACCUUAAGGCGUUUCUUCAGCAGCCUGAUGACUAUGAAUCGUAUCUUGAAGGUGCUGUAUAUAUUGACCAGUACUGCAAUCCUCUCUCUGACAUCAGCCUCAAAGAUAUCCAGGCCCAGAUUGACAGCAUCGUGGAACUCGUUUGCAAAACCCUCCGGGGCAUCAACAGCCGGCACCCCAGCUUGGCCUUCAAGGCAGGCGAAUCUUCCAUGAUAAUGGAGAUAGAACUCCAGAGCCAGGUGUUGGAUGCCAUGAACUAUGUCCUUUACGACCAGCUCAAGUUUAAGGGGAACCGGAUGGAUUACUAUAAUGCCCUCAACUUGUACAUGCACCAGGUUUUGAUUCGCAGAACAGGAAUCCCGAUCAGCAUGUCCCUGCUCUACUUGACAAUUGCGCGGCAGUUGGGGGUCCCACUGGAGCCUGUCAACUUCCCCAGUCACUUCUUGUUAAGGUGGUGCCAAGGUGCAGAAGGGGCAAGCCUGGACAUCUUUGACUACAUCUACAUAGACGCCUUCGGGAAGGGGAAGCAGCUGACCGUGAAGGAGUGUGAAUACUUGAUUGGCCAGCACGUGACAGCGGCGCUGUACGGGGUGGUCAACGUGAAGAAAGUGUUACAGCGCAUGGUGGGAAACCUUUUAAGCCUGGGAAAGCGGGAAGGCAUCGACCAGUCCUACCAGCUCCUGAGAGACUCGUUGGAUCUCUAUCUGGCCAUGUACCCGGACCAGGUGCAGCUCCUCCUCCUUCAAGCCAGGCUCUACUUCCACCUGGGAAUCUGGCCAGAGAAGUCUUUCUGUCUUGUCUUGAAGGUGCUUGACAUCCUCCAGCACAUUCAGACCCUAGACCCCGGGCAGCACGGGGCGGUGGGCUAUCUGGUGCAGCACACGUUAGAGCACAUUGAGCGCAAGAAGGAGGAGGUGGGCGUGGAGGUGAAGCUGCGCUCCCACGAGAAGCACAGAGACGUCUGCUACUCCAUUGGUCUCAUUAUGAAGCAUAAGAGGUAUGGCUAUAACUGUGUGAUCUAUGGUUGGGACCCCACCUGCAUGAUGGGACACGAGUGGAUCCGAAACAUGAACGUUCACAGCCUGCCUCAUGGCCAUCAUCAGCCUUUCUAUAAUGUUCUGGUGGAGGAUGGUUCUUGUAGAUAUGCAGCCCAAGAAAACUUGGAGUAUAACGUGGAGCCUCAAGAAAUCUCACACCCCGAUGUCGGACGCUAUUUCUCAGAGUUUACCGGCACGCACUACAUCCCGAACGCAGAGCUAGAAAUCCGGUAUCCAGAGGAUCUGGAGUCUGUGUAUGAGACGGUGCAGAAUAUUUACAGUGCCAAGAAGGAGGACGCAGAGUAACGUCUAGUAGAGGACACUGCACCUUUGCCGCUGCUGCUGUCCUCCAGGAGAACAGGAUUCCGGAAGAAGACGUCUCCACGGAUCCCUCUGGAUUCACACCACCAGGAAAGCCACUUAACCAGUAGUGCUGGUUGCCUCCUACCAAGUCUAAAUAACGUGUGCUCUCCUCCAGCUGCAAAGACAAUGUCGCUCUCCGCCUACACUAGUGAAUUCAUUUGACGGCACUGUGUUCAGUGGCAUGGCUUGUGUGCUUGUCCUGUGGUGACAGUUCGUGACAUUCUGUCUUCAUGAGGUCUCACAGUCGACGCUCUUAGAGUCAUUCUUCCUGCUCACUUCCCAUACGUCUCUGUCUCCCACCUGUCUCAGAACGUUUCAUUUGCCAGGCAGGAAGGGGGUGGUCCUGUGUUGGCAGUACUUUCUCUCUGACUUCUCUGCGGAGCACCGGGGCUGCUUGUCUUUUCACCGUGAAUUUAGUUGCUUGUUCAGAGGGGAAGCGGUGAGUGAUUGUGGCAACAUCUGAGAGAUGGGGACAUUAACAGACUAAUGUAAUCAGAGUCAUCCGCAUUUAUUUUUUCUAAUAUUUGAAACAGAUUUCAGGCAUUUUAUCUUCUCCCUGAUUUGACUUGGGAGAAUGGCAUAGCUUUUCCUUCCGUGUUCCUCUCACACUUAUGCUCAUCUCUCUGUGAAUUCUUAGUUUUCUGUUCCAUUACAUAAAAUCUUCUAAAGAAAGUGCAUAAUAAUGGCCUUUAUGGAUGGGUUUUCCCACAUUCAUCUACUGUUCCUCCCUUUAAAAUAACUACUUUUUGUUUCCUUUUAAUUUUAAGAAUUGUUCCAGUAUCAUGACUAGAUCUUAAGUCAGUGAUGGGUUCUCUUUAUUGUAGGAAGUAUUAAUCUGGUGUUAAAAUGUUUGCUUUUAGAAAUCAUACACGGUGGUCUCCAAAAACCUCAAAAGGAGGUUUCACUUUUGUAACCGGAAAAAAAGAAAUAAUGAACCUUAUACGUUUUUUAAAAAGGAAAGAGGAGGUUUCAUGCCCCCUGUCAUCCGUAAGAAUCACUCUAAGACCCUUUUGAGUGUGGCAGGAUGGAAACAAGUGAAACGUCUUAAACGUCCGAUCCGUGGGGAAGGAGGUGGGGUGUCCUUCUGCUUUCUCGAAGCGCUGCUGUUCCGAAGAUACCACUGGCUCUUGCUCCGUGCCCUCCGUCCCUGCGCGCGACGGCACCGGGUCCCUGCGCAGCUCCAAACACCGUCACUCUCCACCUGCCUGUUCUCAAGCGAGCUAGCUAAUUCGUAGUUAACCAGUAGAAGCUAACUUCUGGAGUUAGGACCUAGUUACUUUCCUCUCUGAGUUGAGAAGAACCCAGUUGCUCUGGUGAGUGAGGCUCCGGGGGCUGGGAUCCGGCCCCGCCUCGCCGCCCGUCCAUGCAUUUGCAUGCUGUUUUUCCACGCCGUGUCCUCGUUUCGCCCUUGGAAGCCCUGGGAUGACCGAGGUUUGGGGAAGCCACCUGAGACCACGUAGUGGUACCGGGCGGCUGGUAAGCAGUUACUAGAGGGGAGGGUCUGGCGGGCCGGCUCCUGCCAGCCCGAGUUCGCGCUCGCCAGUGUCGGCGUCCCUCGGCAGUCAGUCUAGGGCCCAAUGGGUUAGCUCUGCCCGGGCAACGUGACCACUCACAGCGCCCUGCCUGCUGAGGCCGGGGGUCUAACACUACUCUCGUUUAAAGGUGAGAAACUAGUUAAUCCGGAGGUAAUACUAACCAGAUGCGUUACUAAGAAACUGUGGAGCAUGCUGAGUUGUAACCGUUGGUUUUCUGGUUUGAUUUCCUUUUUUUCUUAGAGUAACAUCGAAGCCAAGAAGGAUGGUUUUACUUUUACUGACCCGAUGUAAAUAUGUAUGUAGACCGUUUUUAAAUGUGUUUCUUCAUGAAUGCUUCAUUCGGCUCCAGGAAGCCUGUGUCACCUGUGUAAGUUGGUAUUUGGGCACUUUAUAUUUUUCUAAAAACGUGUUUUGGAUCUCCUGUACUCUAAUAAAUCAUAAGUUUCUUUUUAAAAUUUUUUCCAAAAGUUUUCUCCAUUUUAAAAAGCCCUGUUACAACAAAGUAGGACUUUCACGAUGUUAAAAUAUUAAAUAUUUGGAUAUAGUCACUUCUUUUCUCUUCAAAUGAAUGCCAAGAUUUUUUUGUACAAUGAUUAAUAAAAUGGAACUUACCCAGAGAAACCA